CCUGCCCGCCCUUUCAAAGACAGAAAGAGAAAGAGAAAGAGAGAGAGAGAGAGAUGAGAGGAGUGGGAGGGCCAUUGUUAUGCAUCGGCGAUCUGCUGAGUGACGUUGGAGAAAGCGAUGCCGGCGGUGAUCAGCUUCCGUCGCACCCAAUCAAUACACCUUCACCGGACUACAAUUCCAGCCUCCAACCCUCCGAUCUAAACAAGCUCUUUCAGGAAAAGUAUGAGCAGCUGAACAAGGCACUUGCUGGCACAGAUCAUUCAUGGACGCAUCUCACACUGGAGCUAUGCACUGCACUGGAGACUGCAAACAAGUUGGUCCACUCAACCAAUUCUAAUGUUGGCAUGUUGAAAGAUAAGGUUGAGGAGCUUUGGGAAGUCAUUAAUAGAAGAGACGCAACUAUUGAAGCUGCAAAAGCCUUUGAAGGCUCUCCAAAACAACCUGAGAGCAGUAAGUGAGGAUGUCUGAUCAAUUACCAAGUUGAAGGUCAGCAGUCUUGCUUUGCACUGGACUUAUCACUUCUAGCUUUUACAAGGACAUGCUUAGCCUGUUCUUGCUGUAAAUAUGCAUGAAUUAAAGAUAUUGGUACUGGAAAAACUUAAGCUGGAUUUGCUGCACCUGCUUCCCGGUCGUCCCUUGUUACAUUUUAUUUGUUACUUAUGAAGUCAUUUCACUAUGUACUCCUUAGUACUACU